GUUUAUAUAUGAGUUUUUGGUGAAGCUAAGGAUUUGUGAGUUGCACACUAAUACAAAUUCAAAAGUAACGGCCGAUAUACUUUUAAAAUUCUCCAACCUUCAUAAAAUACGUGCAGAACUUAACGAAAAUGAAAUAUAAAAAGCAACCUCUAUAGUUUUUCUUAAUUCCUUGCAGUGCUCAGCCGGUUUCACACCAUCUGAGGCCUCGGAUUACGGCCAAAUCUACACCAUUUACACCAUUUUGCUUGCAGAUCUAUUCCAGGAACUGUCUACAAUGGUCACAUGGGGCCAUAUAUACUGCAAUAAACCUAAUUUGGUGCUCUCCGUGUUCUGCUGCAUUGUCAACGAGGUUUUGCUCUGCAUGAACCGAAUGAUUCAGGUGAAGAAAUACAAAUUCCAGAUUGACUCCCAUGAUGUUGCAUCCACUAACUCCAAGACCAACAGCUCCAACACGAAAUUUCACUAAUGGAGCUAGGCAUUAGGUUUCCAACAAACUUAAUUCCUUGCUCUGGGGCUCAACCUCAUCCGCCUCAUUCAGAAAAGGGUGUAUAGGAAGUAAAGAAGAGAGCCAUGGCUUCUAGACAAAGAGCAAUGCUUAAGAAGUUGCUUCCAAUGAUUAAAGGACAAUCCAUGAGUGAUGAAGCAAAAGAAGCAUUGAGGAGAAGUCUUCCUAAUCAUAAAUGUAUUAUGGGACGGGCUAAGAGAGGAAUUUUUGCUGGUCGCCACAUCCAAUUUGGCAAUCAAAUCAGUGAAGAUGGUGGAAACAAGACAAAGCGAACAUGGAAGCCCAAUGUGCAGAAUAAGCGACUUUUCAGCUUGAUUUUGGAUCAGUUUAUUAGAGUUAAAGUUACAACACAUGCAAUUCGGUGUAUUGAUAAAGCUGGUGGCAUUGAUGAAUAUCUACUAAAGACACCUACCAGGAAGCUUGAUAAUGAACUGUCUCUUCUUUGGAAGGCCAAGAUUGAACAAAAAUAUAAAGAACUUAGAAACAAGGAGGUUGGUUUCUUUGCACCAAAAGAAGAGAAGGAACUUGAAGCGGCCUUUGAAAAUCUUGAAAUUGCCAAAGAAGAAUGGAGAGCUCGCCGUAAAGCAGGUGCAGGAAUCCAUGGGGGUGCCAAGGGUGGCAACCAACAGGCCAAGUUAGAAGGCAAACUAUAACAUAAUCUGAGUGAUUGGAAUUUUAGAUGAGAGGUAAGAGUGUCCAAUAUUCCCAGUCAGUGCAAAGCUGCUCAAUAGUAAAUUCACAUAUAUAAAGUAUUCUUCUUAGAAGCAAGCUGCAUUUAUUAUUUGAGCUGGAAAGGUACCUGGACCUGCAUUUGAAAACAUUUCUUCUUCAAUGUGGAGAAGGUUAAUAACUUCCAAGAUCUACACAAUUGAGAAAAUUCAUCUGCCAUCUAUUACAUACUGUUUUUCUGCUUUGCAGUAGAUAAAUAGGGGAACAUGACAACUAAAAGUUUGACAGAAAAUGAAUGUGUAAAAUUUUCUGUUCCUUAAUUUUAGCUGUCCAUAGAGUCAUCUUAUCUUUCAGAGAUUAAUUUCUAUGUCACUUCAUUGUGGUCAAACUUCCGAAUAAAUAUUUUCUAUCUGAAUGGCAUAAUAUUUUGACAGUUGAAGGCUCUAGAAGCCUA